AUGUACGAAAGUCCACGAAGCUCGAUUAACGUCCAAGGAGUAUGGUCAGAGAGCCAAGAAGAGUUACACGAGAUGCAACCGGUGUCUCCCGUAGAUACCAGCCAUCGCGCUGGUAAGAAGAAAAAGAAAAAGAGGAAGACACAAACAGGCGGUAAACGUUCCGUUUCUGCCCCUCAGUUAAGCACCGAGGAGCCCUCUGAAACCGAAAAUCUACUAGGCGACUGCAGUCAAAAAAGCAAUGACGAACCGAUAGUUAGGGGAAUAUUUCAGAUAGGGAAACGGAGCCAUGAUGUAGUUCUAACUACAUCGCGGGUUACAUGGACUCCCAUCCAACCCGAGACCCCUACAGCAUCCAGAGACUAAAAGCUGAAGGCGGGCUUCGUGGAGGUGAAGGACGUGUUUGCGGUGAAGGUGAAGCGGCGGCGGACGGUGGGUCAGCAGAGCGGGGGCACCCUACUGGGCAUCACCCUCUUCUACUGCCGACGCAAGGGCGCCAAGCUCAAGGACCGCGAGACCCACCUCAACAACCUGAGCGUGGACCACUGCGAGAUCUGGUUCAAGCACCUCAAGGCCUUGCUCAAUGGGUUCCGUGAGCGGCCCAAGGCGCUGAAGGUCUUUGUGAACCCCAUGAGCCAUAAGAAGGAGGCCCUGCGGGUCUACAUGGACGAGGUGGCACCACUCUUCAAGCUCGCCGACAUCGACGCCGACAUCACCAUCACGGAGAAGAAGGGCCACGCGCUGUCCGUCCUGACGGAGUGCAGGCUGGACCACUACGACGGAGUGGUGGUGGUUGGGGGGGACGGCUCGGUGGCUGAAGUGGCCCACGGGUUGCUGCUGCGGGCCCAGAUGGACGCUGGAAGGGACACAGACUCCAUCUUCACGCCUGUCCAAGCAGCACUUCCUCUCGGCGUAAUACCAGCAGGCUCCACUGACAUUGUGUCCUGCUCUGUCCACGGAGUCAGACAUCCGGUCACUGCCGCCCUGCACAUCAUCAUGGGACACCGGCAGCCUGUGGAUGUGUGCAGCUUCAGCUCGCUGGGCCGGCUGCUGCGCUUUGGCUUCUCCGCCAUGUUUGGCUUCGGCGGGCACACGCUGGCGUUCGCCGAGAGGCAUCGCUGGAUGCCCCCUAGCCAGCGGCGGGAGCUCGCUCUGAUCAAAACGCUGGCAAACCUCAAACCUGAAGACUGUGAGUUGUCCUUCCAGCCGGUGAAGCCUGGCGCUGACGAACCUCAGGAGCGCACAAAAACGGGUUCCAGGAAAGACGUCAGAGAUAAUGAUGGUCCGUCCUGGCAAACCACUCAGGGCCUGUUCCUGAACAUCAGCAUCAUGGCCAUCCCCUGCCUGUGCUCCAUGGCACCCAGAGGUCUGGCUCCCAACACCAGGCUGAACAAUGGCAGCAUGGCCUUGAUAAUGGUGGGGAACACCUCCAGAUCAGAGUUCGUCAAGCACCUGAAGAGAUACAACAGCAUAAACAAUCAGUUCAGCUUCUCAUUCGUGGAGACGCAUACCGUCAAGGCGGUGAAGCUCCGUCCCAGAACCCAGGGCCGCUGGACGGACGAGGUGUCCGAGGAGAACGAGGAGGUGGACUCCAAGAGCGCCCCCAUCAUCUCCUCCGAGGGCUCGUGCCCCUGGAACGUGGACGGGGAUCUGCUGGAGGCCCCCUCUGAGCUCUACAUCAGGGUCCACCCAGAGCUCUUAACACUGUUUGGAGUGAACCUGGAGGAAGCAGAGGAGUCUCCAAUAAAGUGCAGCUGCAUUUGA